CUCCGUCCAAACACUUAUGGAAGACAAUAUACAAAGCAUUUUUGACCGAUCGGCGGUCGACUUCGAGUACUAUGUACGGUAUUCCAUAUACUUUCCCAAGGAGACAAGCUCAAUCGAAGAUCUCCAACAGAUUAGUGCCGAGAUUCGUGCUUUAGCAGAGCAAAUAACCGGCAACUACAUUUGGCAAAAAGAUCACUUUGGAUUGUCAAUAACAACAAGUUCACUUCGAGACCCUUCGUACCCUUUUUUACACGGCAUAACCCGGUAUGGCGACUGUGUGACUGACGAGUGGCUGGUAGUCUACAUUCUGAAGGAAAUAUCAAAACGGUACCAAGAUGUUGUUAUUGACGUAUUUGACAAUGACGGGGAGUUUCUUCUCAUUGAAGCUGCCAUGGAAUUGCCACCGUGGUUAGAUCCGUCAAACAGUGAGAACCGAGUCUACAUUCAUCAAGGACACAUGCAUAUCAUACCGUUGCCCAAAUCACCUGCUGAAAUUAUUCACAUACCUAGUGGAACGCUUAUGCGAUCUCGUGCUAUUGAAAUUGUUCGAUCUCAUGUCGUUCCUACUCAAGUAUCAGCUGCAAUUGAGGAUGCAGCGUUUCACCGAAUCAAAGACUUCCCGACCAAGGCUUUAAACGAAAGACAUAGAGCGCGCUGUACGGUCCCAGCGCCUUUAGCAUAUGUUCUCUUGAAACAGCCUCAGCUGGUACCACAUGCAGUAGAAGCGUUCUAUACCCGAGAUCCUAGCAGUAUGAAGGCGGCGUCACGAAUGGCAACCUUUCCUCCUAACGAGAUGGUUACGACCGUGGUGGAUAUGACCAAAACCUGUUAUGCCAAACUUACGUCACAACAGUUCUUCGCACCAAAAGCAUUCAGAAUGCCGUCACGAUCCAAUCCUCGAAAGUACAAUGCCGCAGAGCUGGGCAUGAAGAUUGCCUGUGCCUUUGAGAUGCUUUACACUGACAAACGAAUCAACGUUGAAGCACCAACAAAGGAAACCACGACUGAUACGUAUGACUUCGAAAAUGACCUCACUUGGAGCGAAUAUAAGAAACGAUUGGAGCGCCGCGGGUACUUCAAAGGGGAAUUACAAGGCUCGGUUCGAUAUCGGGAGCUUGAGACGGUUGCUAAACAACAGCACCUCAUGAACCGACAGCAAGGAACCGGUCAGAUUGACGAUGAUAUAGAAUCCAAUAGCAUGGACGGAAAAAAUGCCAAUAGUAGUUUGAGUGGGACGCCUCGACAGCAGAUGGAACAAGUACUGAAGAAGUUUACAGAGACAGAUUUGGAACGUCUAUUACAAACAGCUAAAUCUCAGCCUGAAGAUGAUGAUUCAUGGAUGAACGUCGAUCCCCAGCAACUGGAAGAAUUACUCAAGCAGUAUGGUGGUCUUGGCAUGGACGAGGCCGACUUUGGAGACUCUAACCCCGGGAGCGGUGGCGAUUUGGAUUUAGAAGCUAUGAUGAAGAAAUUUGAGAGCUUUGUAAACUUUGAACAGAGUGGUGCGGAAGGAGCAGAGUUUCCAAUGGAAUCCUUGGGUGAAUUCAGUGAUGAGGACGAAGACGAUGGAUCAGACUACGAAUCAGAAAACGAUGAAAUAUCGUUUGAUCCAAAUCAAUUCAUGAGCAUACUCAAAAGCACACUAGGCAUUCCAUCCGAGGAGACUACUACGCAAGCUACCAAGACGCCAGUUUCCAUUGCGGAACCACAGUCAGCGUCCUUACAAGAGAUUUCGGAUGAAGAAGCGGAACGCAUCAAAAAUCUUCAAACCAACGAAGAGCCAACCAUGGAAUCAUUUUACAAUGAUAUGGAUGAGGAACUGCGGGGUCAUAAGAAGAUCAAUGCGUCCUUCCACAAAUCAGUCAGAUUCCAGCCUUCCACUGGCGAAGGAGAUGAAGCAGCUUCUGAGGAUGAAAUGGAAGAAGAUGAAGAUGCACCCGUUGAUAUUGAACUCAAUCUCGUGAAAAAUAUGCUGGAAAGUUUCAAGAGCCAGGAAGGUCUGCCCGGACCCAUUGGAAAUAUCAUGAACCGUAUGGGUAUUGUCAUGCCUCGCGACGAAACCUCCAUGGAAACCCCCAACAUAGACAAAUAAUGUGUACAUUAUGAUCAUCGAACACUGUAUAGUAUUUUCAUUUUUGAACUCUCUCAGCAUCCAUCAUUUUAUAUUUCCACCUUAAUGUAGCAUGCACAACAAU